AAUCCAAUAAACGAGAGCACAUCCGGGUAUUCCAUCAGUACUUGACACAAGAACUUAAUCGAUUGGUCCCUGAUACAGAACGCGCGCGCCUAGGGCGCCAGAUUUGAAAAAAACGACGUGCACUCGCGGAUGUUACUCAUAGCCUGGGAAAGGUUCAGCCACGCGGGAAGCUAGUUGUCGUUGCCCCAGGUAUGUUAUGUGUGCCAGCAGCUUGGAGCUCUCACACUGAGCACCAAUGAGUACCGGAUCGAUAAACAGCAUCGCAUCCAGGAGUUUCCAGCCUCCAUCCAGGCGAUCCAGUCAGAGCAGAAGCCCUGCUGUGGGAUCAGAGUCAUGCGCCACUGACCAAGGAAGGCGGCAGACGCCUUCCUGCAGUAAAACCAACUGCUGCACGAAUCAGAAAGCUCCCCAGCAGGGUGUCGGAGAUGUUAAAGAAGAAGAGCAGGAACACCUGGUAUCUGAGGGUGAAGGGACAAUGAACAAGAACCUCCACAAGAUGAAGGGUGCAGAGGUUCAGGAUGUGACUGGUGAGGAGCUGACUGGUUCUCUUCCAUUAAACACUGAUGGGAGAAGAAGAAGCAAACGGAUUGUGAAACCUCCAAACCAAGCAUGGAGAGCAGAUGAAUCCUCCCAAAUCUUCGCUUCUUCUCAGGGUCCAUUCUCCUACACUGCAGACAUUGACCUGCACAGACAUAAACGAUCUCACCCCAAGGACUAUGUCAGACAGCUGAGGACUGGAUCUGUCAACACAACCCAGCAUUUGCCAACUGCUCCUGACCCCAGUGCUGCUCAGCCCAGUACAGACACACUCAGUACCCUGGAUGGAAUGAGUACAGACACACUGACAGCUUUACAGGGUUCCCAGGGUGAGAAGACUUUCAGUUUAAACAGAGGCUGUAAAAAGCACAGACAGACUAACACUGGGGAGAAGCCCUACCAGUGCUCCCAGUGUGGGAAAAGCUUCAAUCAGUUAGGAAACCUAAAGGCACACCAGCGGAUUCACACAGGGGAGAGGCCCUACCAUUGCUCCCAGUGUGGAAAGAGCUUCAGUCAAUUAGGAACCCUAAAGGGACACCAGCGGAUUCACAAAGGGGAGAGGCCCUACCAGUGCUCCCAGUGUGGAAAGAGCUUCAAUGAAUUAAGAACCCUAAACCGACACCAGCGGAUUCACACAGGGGAGAGGCCCUACCAGUGCUCCCAGUGUGGAAAGAGCUUCAGUCAGUUAGGAAACCUAAAGGCACACCAGCGGAUUCACACAGGGGAGAGGCCCUACCAGUGCUCCCAGUGUGGAAAGAGCUUCAAUCAAUUAGGAACCCUAAAGGGACACCAGCGGAUUCACACAGGGGAGAAGCCCUACCAGUGCUCCCAGUGUGGGAAAACCUUCAGUCGAUUAGCAACCCUGAAGAUACACCAGCAAAUUCACACAGGGGAGAGGCCGUACCAGUGCUCCCAGUGUGGAAAGAGCUUCAGUCAAUUAGGAAACCUAAAGGCACACCAGUGGAUUCACACAGGGGAGAGGCCCUACCAUUGCUCCCAGUGUGGGAAUACCUUCAGUGUAUUAUCAACCCUGCAGGCACACCAGCAAAUUCACACAGGGGAGAGGCCCUACCAGUGCUCUCAGUGUGGAAAGAGCUUCAAUCAAUUAAGAAACCUAAAGGUACACCAGCGGAUUCACACAGGGGAGUGACCCUACCAUUGCUCCCAGUGUGGAAAGAGCUUCAGUCAAUUAGGAAACCUAAAGGUACACCAGUGGAUUCACACAGAGGAGAGGCCCUACCAGUGCUCCUAGUGUGGGAAGAGCUUCAGUCUAUUAGGACAUGUAAAGAGACACCAGCAGACUCGCAUAAUUGACAGUUCUUUAUUGCAGUCAGUCCAAUAAGUGUAUCUUUUCAUAUUUUUUUAUACUGUUUCUGUGAAAUGCCUUUAUGUUGGGUUCCCCUUCUCAGGCCUGUUGAUGUUUAGGGUUUGUUAUGCAAAGAUUCAAAUGCAGUGUUUACAAUUUA